CUCUCUCUUUCUCUCCCAUUCUCUCUCCUUCUCGAUCGACCGGCUCUCGAGCUUCCGAAAUCUAGGGAAACACGACCUUCGAGAUAAAUACAGAGGAUCAAAGCUGCUGAAGGUGCCACUCUUACUACCGGCUUGAUUAUGCAGACCAUCAGACGCAUGGGAACCUCGCUGAGAUAUGUUGUUCUAGGCAUUUUGUUCUCAUCACGCAUUAAGAAAACCAGACGUUUGCUUGAAGCUAGUUCUGAACCUUUAGCAGCAGCACCAGCGCCGCCAGCCACUACCUCUGACCAUGUGAUUGACAUCCCUCUCCAGGAAUGGUUUUCGAAAAAGGUUACUGAAAUAGUGAGGGAGAAGGACUUGAACUCACUCCGCAGACUUGGUGGUGUUGAUGGCAUCUUGCCACUUCUCAGGUCUCAUUUUGAGGAAGGUGCCAUUGAUGGUGGUCAAAAUCCAGAAGGAUGGAACAUUACCAAGUCCCCUGUUGACGCCAAAGGUUUCUUGUACUUUUUGUUUGAGGCGUUCAAUCAGUACAUAAUUUUUUUCCUCUUGCUCUCAGCUGGGUUAUCGUUCACCAUCGAAUUCAUGAAUCAAGGAGUCAAGGAUGGCUGGCAUGACGGUGUUGCCAUACUCAUUGCCGCGUUCUUACUUAUUGCUUUCCGUUCUGUGGGGAACUACCUCCGUCAGAGAAAGCUGGCAAAACACUUGCUGGAUAGGAGCAAAUUGACGGUGAAUGUUGAAAUAAGUAGCACAGAACCUACACCGAUUACCAUAUCUGGCAUUGUGGUGGGUGAUAUAGUUCCUUUGAAGGAAGGAGACUGUGUUCCUGCUGAUGGUUUGUUCAUAGAUCACGGUGAGGUAUUGGUUCUGGAUGAGGUGUUGAGCCCAAAAAUUGAUUGCGAACAAAAUCCAUUUGUUUUUUCGGGUUCAAAGGUUGUGAAGGGCCAUAGCUGCAUGAUUGUGACAUCCAUUGGUGCUAAUACAGCUUUUGCUGAGGUGCUGAGCUCGUUGUCUGAUCAUAAUCCAAAUGAAAAGACACUGCUACAAGAUUUGAUGGACAAACCGAAUGAUUGUAUGGAUUAUCUUACAUGUGGUGUCUCGAUACUGAUUGGGUUGGGAUGUUGAUACGCCUACUAUUCUUCAGGAAGUAUGAAAAUUACAAUGAAAGGCCAGAGCUGAAAGGGAUAUUUUCAAUGAAUUUUGUGAUGAGGAUUUUUUAAAAGAUCUCAUUGGAACCUCAAGGAAAAGUUUCCAUCUUAGCAAGCGUUCUCACAACUGUGGUAAUAGGGAUACAACAUGGGAUGCCUUUUGUGAUUGCAGUUGCCCUUUUUCAAUGGAAGGAGAAGGCAGCCAAAAAUCAAGCAGAUCCACGGAAUCUAUCAGCUUCUGUCACCGUGGGACUCUUAAAUUUCAUCUGCAUUGAAACAACGGUAGAUCUAACGUGCAACCGGACGGAGGUCGAGGAAUUUCGGAUCGGCGAAAAAGAUUUAAGCAGUGGUGAAGUGGACUCGGAAACUGACCAAGUUCUUGAGGCUCUCCAUCAGGGGAUUUCAGCUACCACGUCACCAAAAAAUGAUCGGCUCAUUUCUUGGCUGAACACCAUAUGGGGUAGUAACGCGAAGUUAUUGGAUCGAAGAUUUGAAAUUGUUGAACAAUGGAGCUCUAAUGAGAAGUAUAGAGGAGUUGUAUUGAGGAAAAUCGAGAAUGAUGAACAGAUUAUGCAACUUCACUGUGACGGAGAAGCAUCAACAAUACUAGGCAUGUGUUCACAUUACUAUGAUAACAGAGGGGAAAGUCACAAUAUUGGAUACCAGACGAGAAAAUUCAAGCAGGUGAUCGAGAAGAUGGAGAAGAAGGGUCUUAGAUCGAUUGCAUAAGCGUACA